GCACAAAACAAAAUUGUAUUAUCAGUCUUCGACUAUCACAGAAUUUAUUUCAAAAAGAACUAAAUAUUACUACCUAAGACAUCCACGUGACAGCUAACAUAAGGAUUGCAGUGGAUUCAAAGCAGGAAUAUACAUUUUAUACAAUCAAUACCAGAGGCUGUUUGCAGAUCCAUCAUUAAUUAUGCAAAAAAAAAAAAAAACUCUCUCGUAACACAGGUGAUGGAGAAAUAUUAUAUAAAGAGGAAGGAAAAGAAAAACCCAGAUGACAAAUCUUGUAUUAUACAGACUGACUGAAAUACACAGUGAAGAGCCAAUAAGAACUUAUUACAUGAUGGGAAAUGAGGUAAAGCAGCCGUUGAAGUCUGAUGAAGGUGUUCUUUAAGCCUGUUAUUGAAGACCUGAGCAUGGAACUGGCCAGAAAAUGCACUGAACUCAUUAGCGAUAUCCAUUAUAAAGAAGAAUAUAAAAAAUCUAAGGACAAGUGUACAUUUGUGACGGACACUCCUAUGCUAAACCACGUAAAAAAUAUUGGUGCUUUUAUUUCUGAGGCAAAAUACAAAGGCACCAUUAAGGCGGACCUUUCCAAUUCUCUUUAUAAGCGGAUGCCAGCCACAAUUGACAGCGUCUUUGCAAGAGAAGUUACGCAGCUUCAGAGUGAGAUUGCCUACAAGCAGAAACACGAUGCUGCCAAAGGAUUCUCAGAUUACGCCCAUAUGAAGGAGCCACCGGAGAUCAAACACGCCAUGGAGGUUAAUAAAUACCAGAGUAAUAUUUCUUAUAGAAAAGAUAUGCAGGAUACCCACGUGUAUAACGCGAAGCUCGACAGACCAGACAUCAAGAUGGCAACGCAGAUCUCUAGGAUCAUAAGCAAUGCAGAGUACAAGAAAGGGCAAGGAGUGAUGGAUAAAGAGCCUGCUGUAAUUGGAAGACCAGAUUUUGAACAUGCUGUGGAAGCUUCUAAACUUUCUAGUCAAAUUAAAUACAAAGAAAAAUUUGAUAACGAAAUGAAGGAUAAGAAACAUCAUUACAAUCCCCUUGAAAGUGUUUCUUUUAGGCAAAGUCAGAUUGCCACUGAACUGGCCAGUAAUCGAGAGUAUAGAAAGCUUUUUGAAGAAAAUAAAGGAAUGUAUCAUUUCGAUGCGGACGCUGCGGAACACCUGCACCACAAAGACAAUGCCAAGCUCCAGAGCCAGGUUAAGUACAAAGAAAAAUACGAGAAAAAUAAAGGGAAAUCGAUGCUUGAAUUUGUUGAGACACCAUCAUAUCAAGCUUCAAAGGAGGCUCAGAAGAUGCAGAGUGAGAAAGUUUACAAAGAGGAUUUUGAGAAGGAGAUUAAAGGAAGGUCAUCACUGGAUUUAGACAAAACUCCAGAAUUUUUACAUGUAAAGUACAUCACCAAUCUUCUGAAGGAGAAGGAAUAUAAAAAAGAUUUGGAAAAUGAAAUAAAAGGGAAAGGAAUGGAACUUAAUUCAGAAGUUCUUGAUAUUCAAAGAGCAAAAAGAGCAUCUGAAAUGGCUAGUGAGAAAGAAUACAAGAAAGAUCUGGAGUCAAUAAUUAAAGGGAAAGGAAUGCAAGUUGGCAUCGACGCCCUUGAAAUACAACAUGCCCGAAAAGCUUCAGAGAUGGCUAGUGAGAAAGACUAUAAAAGAGAUCUGGAGACUGAAAUUAAAGGGAAGGGCAUGCAGGUGAGCACAGACACGCUCGAUAUCCAGAGAGCUAAGAAAGCAUCGGAAAUGGCUAGUGAGAAAGAAUAUAAGAAAGACUUAGAAAAUGAAAUCAAAGGGAAAGGAAUGCAAGUGAGCAUGGACAUUCCAGAUAUGCUUCGAGCCAAGAGGGCAUCUGAAAUCUAUAGCCAGAAAAAGUAUAAAGAUGAAGCAGAGAAGAUGCUCUCUAACUAUUCUACUGUGGCAGAUACUCCCGAAAUUCAGAGAAUUAAGACAACUCAACGAAACAUUAGUGCAGUGAAAUACAAAGAAGAGAUAAAACAUGCAACAGCCAUUUCUGAUCCUCCGGAGCUAAAGAGAGUUAAAGAAAAUCAGAAGAACAUCAGCAAUCUCCAGUACAAAGAGCCAAGCUACAGGGCAACCCCAGUGAGCGUGACACCAGAGAUAGAGAGAGUGAAGAGGAACCAAGAGCAGCUGAGUCCGGUAAAAUACAAAGGAGAGAUCAAACAGGCAACCGCAAUUUCUGACCCACCAGAGCUGAAGAGAGUUAAAGAAAACCAGAGGAACAUCAGCAAUGUUUAUUAUAAAGGUCAGCUGGGAAGAGCUACUGCUUUAAGCGUAACUCCCGAAAUGGAAAGAGUAAAGAAGAAUCAAGAAAAUAUUAGUUCGGUAAAAUAUACCCAGGACCAAAAACAGAUGAAAGGUAGACCAAGUCUGAUUUUAGAUACACCUGGUCUGAGACAUGUCAAAGAAGCACAAAAUCAUAUUUCCAUGGUAGGGUACAAGCAGAUCCAUCUUCUCACAACUAAAAAAAAGGCGAGUCACUAUAGGAGACAGCGGUCUCGAUCUCAUUCGAGCAGCACUUUUGGGACAGGUCUGGGAGAUGACAAGUCCGAAAUCUCCGAGAUUUACCCUAGUUUUUCAUGCUGCAGUGAGGCAACAAGGCCAUCUGAUGAAGGAGGAAUCUAUGUGUGUAUUUCAUGUGCAGCACCUGUUCUUCCUGGAGCCUACCAGCAAAGCCAUUCCCAAGGCUAUGGGUACAUGCACCAGACCAGCCUUUCAUCCAUGAGGUCAAUGCAGCAUUCCCAGAAUCUAAGGACCUACCGAGCCAUGUACGAUUACAGUGCCCAGGAUGAAGAUGAGGUCUCCUUCAGGGAUGGCGACUACAUCGUCAAUGUGCAGCCCAUCGAUGACGGGUGGAUGUACGGCACAGUGCAGAGAACCGGGAAAACGGGCAUGCUCCCCGCGAAUUACAUCGAGUUUGUUAAUUAAUUCUUUCUCCUGGCCCUUUGAGCUCUAUUCUAAUGUAUUCUAAACCUAAUCUUUUUAAGAGAUAGAAGCUACUUUUAAGACAACUUGGCAGUUAUUUUACAAUAAUCUAUCCUUACUCUGACAAUUAGACACACAGGCACCAGGAAGAAGGAAUGACUUCUGGGCUGAAGAGAGCAGCGUUUUCAGUAAUUCCUACAAACAGAAUAAUUAGGUCUGGAGACCUGGUGCUGCUAAUUGUGUUAUUGGUUUCUUUUGAUUGGCUAUUGAAUCCUUCUGGGAAAUGUAUUUUUGUAGACUUUAAUAGAGAUGUUGAUUGUCCCGUAAAUGUAACAAGUAUAUGAGACUUCUUAGCUGUCACUUUGGAAUCACCAGAAGCCAGUUCUCUUAAUUCAGUAACACAGCCAAUAAUUUAAAAACUGUUUAGUUUUGGAGUCAUUAGGCAGUUUCCAAUUCCAGUGAAAAUUGCCUAAUAUAAUAAAUGCAAGCAGUGGCAGAAUAAUAGUUUGGUUCAAAUUAAAUUGACUGGUGGCCUUAGGGACCUGGAAACUUCUGUUGAACAAAGAAAAGUUUUUGUUUCCUUGGCCAACUUGGUUCUCUUUAUUUCUCAUUUGUACCAAGGCACAUCCUACUCCCCAUUUACAUUCUGUGGACCCAAGUGUAUGCUUGGCUCCAUAGCCUGUCAGAACCAAAUGACUUCACAGCUACUCUGCAGAGGGCAAACUUAAGUCCAUCUCUAUUAUUUCCUAAUCACCCUUACCCUGUUGCAUGACAUGUAGGUUCAAGCUUCUGUAACAUAGGCAGCUGUCCCGCCCAUCCCUGUGAUUAAAGCAGAGAGUGUGGCUGGUAUAUAAAAGCCUUUCUUCUAGUUGCCAGCUCAUCAGAAAAACAUAUUUUGAAAAGUUGCUUGAGAUUCUCCUGCUGCAUCGCACUCUAGUUUCGAAGGAUUUGCACCUUAGGAAAUAGUCGUAUACUCUAGUAAAUAAGUGAUUUAGGUGUUUACUGAACAGCUUUCAUUAACUUAAUGCCGCUCUUGAUUUAAAAGUUAAGAAAACUUCACACAAGCCAGUGACAAAGUGGAAUAUGAAGUGUGCUGGAGAAAACCAGCAAAGAAAAGUUACCAACUUCACAUAGAGAGAAGGAGCUGAUCUGGUUUCUUAUUUUGGAAAAUGGUAUUCAGAUUCUGGAGUGGAAAUCUAGCCACUGAAGCCAGUUAAUGAAAAGACUUCCUUUCUACUUUCUGCUUUUUAUUUUCCAGAUCACAUUCAGAAGGUGAGCUAGAAAUGUCAUCAGAGAUUUUAGGUAUAAACCCACUAGAAAAGGAACUGUCAGAUUUUGAUUUCCAAAUGAGGGACCUUGAGGUUUCUUGCUGGAUUCACAGCCAUGACUGCAGCCAUUGCUGACGGGUCAUUAAAUUUCACCUGGAGUUCACGGUCAAGAUCACGAGAAAUUACUGUCUAUCAGCAACUUUGUUUUUCUGAUUGUGCCAGUUAUUGGAGACUGCAACAGGGUAGCAUUUAAGCAAGGUCUGACUCUACAGUUGUGGUGAACCUAAAAAAAAACAAAGUUAUAAAACUGUAAUAAUGUAUGGGUCUUGGGGAUAUCUACCUGAUGUGAUACAGUCAAAGAAAUUAACAAAAUAUCCUGUAAGAUAUCGUUUAUUGAAAUGCUUAUUAGUCCAAAGGCAAAUGUUAGUUCAUUUACACCUUUGAAAAUUUAGCAAAUACUUUUGAAAAUCAUUUUACUCAGUUAAAAGUGUAUUAAGUAAAGUUUAUUACGCGUAAGCUGCAUUUACAUGACAGACAUAAAUUGAAAAGAGAAAGCUCAGUAUGUUAGCUGUAACUGAAAAUUUUUUAAAAAUUAAAAAGAAAAAAUGUAGGAAUAUUACUACAGAUUUUUUUGAGGGGGCUUUACAGAUUACUAAAUAACCAGCUUGACUGAUUUUCUAUCAUUGAAAUGACCAGUCAUGAUUAAAUGGAUUAAACCCCAUGUCAGUUUUAAUGUCUUGUACACAAACCUACAAACACAAGCCGAUCUUGCAAUAUUCUUGCAAAAUUUUCUGUGUAUUAAAACUAUGGGAAAUAAGUUGACUCAAUUUUAUGAUAUCAUUAAGUAAACAUUUACGUUUCACCCAGACAGAACUCUUUUCAUGAUUAUAAAAAGGAAUAGUUUUUGAUUAAAUUGCAGACAUAAAUGUAGGACAGGUACAAUUUUUGAUAGCUAGCACAUUUAUAGAAGCUCAAAGAAAACUAACUUAAAAUGAUUUUAAUGGGGAAAGUUACCAUAAAGUAGCAGCUUGAUGUUUCAUUGGUUCUCUCAUCCACAGAUUUCAAAAUGAGAAAAUCAGAUUCAUUGAAUGUAAAAGUCAUACUUAUUUGGGGAAUAAUUCUCCUAAGAUUUUAAGCUUUACACAGUGUUUGCAUAGCUAGGUGUUUCUGCUUCCAGUCUUUAGGAAUUAAGAUCUGAUCAGAAUUUAACUAGAGGGAAGUUGUUUUACAAUAAAGACUGAGGUAGAACAGGAUGUUACAUGUUCCUGACACUAUAAUUGGAUAGGAUUGUUAUUGUUUCUAAAAUUUGUCAGGAUAAUAACCAUCUCAGCAGAAAUACAGGAAACAUAUAUGUAUAAUACCAAAGUGCUAUUUUGACAGCAGCAUUUUCAAAAUUACAUUCUUGAACAACUUUGCCUCUUUCCACACGCCACCACCCCCCCUUUAAUUUCCCAACAGAUGUCUCAUACUUUACACUGACAGUUAAAGAAGGGUUUAACAAACAUGUCUUUUAAAAAUCAAGUUUAAGUAGACUUUACAGAGAGCAUGCACCUGCUUUUAUAAAUUUGAUGUGUUCUCCAGCCCGAUAAAAGCACAAGGAGCAGUUUGAUAUGCUUUUAAAGGUUUCGAAAACAAAACUGUAUGUGGAUCAUAUCUUUCUGGAGAAAAGCAUAGCAACAGAAUAUAAUGCUUUUGUUGUAAGGUUUUGUAGUAAACGUUUUUACUAAUUCUUUGUCUCUAGGAAAGCUUUCUAUCUCUCACCUGUGGCAAAACAACUUCUUCAUGUGUUCUUGUUACUGUUUACACAUCCGCAGUGUAGCCUGCUUUGAAAUAUGUAUCUGAUUGUCAGAUGUCCCUGCAUCUUCUCAUGCCUCCCCUCCCACCUCCAGACACCACACAGGAAUUUGCAAGCACAAUUUCAAAGAGCACCUUGUAUGAAGAUGGAUGAGACUAGAGCAGCCCCUCUCAUGCCGCUAGGUUCAUUGCUCAAAGAGGAUGAAGAUGCGGUUUUGACAGUGUUCCCCAAAGUGUUUCUUUCCUUAUCCUCUCUCUCCAUGUUGAGCUAGUGGUCAAAGAGCCAGAUUUUCUAAAACAGUGGAAGUUCAGGAGGUGCAUCUCUUUUGCAGGUUUAUCCUUCUCCAGAGGACUGUUUUUAGUGAAAAGAUAAAGAAAAUAUGUGGGAUCCUUUAAUAACACAUCCCUAUAGAAAGUGGAUAUAGUUUAUACCAAAAUUACAAUAUAGAUAUAUAAAGAAAUAGGUGCCUUUUUGAUACCCUGGUUUAUCCACCAUGGUGUUGGAAAGAAAAUCAAACAAGCAAACUUCUGCCUGUUCUAUAGUAAUAUUUUAUUAUACAUGAUUGGUAUUUUUGUGGUGGAGAAACGAGAUUAGCUCCUGACAGGUGUACAAAGUGAUAGCUGAUUGUAUUUUACCUCUAAAGGUUUAGAACUUUAGAAAGUACUGACUCCCAUCUAUUUCUGAAAGGUUCUCUGUGGAUUUAUAUAUAGUUGAGAUGCGUAAACAUUGACUUUAGAUCUGAGAUUUAAAAUAAAAUACCUAUUGUAAGAUAGAAGAUUUAUCCUGAAACACUGGAUUUCGUUAACCAAUGUCACCAUAAAAAAUAAAUUAAUUAAUUUAAAACAUAGGAAAGAAAAAGAUAGAAGGUUUAUGUUACAAGGCUGCAUUCAUUGCACAAGAUGAAAUUCAUUUCAUAAGUUCGUGAUACUUUAGCUCUUUGCUGCUGAUAAUCUGAAAGUGGCUGGAGUGCGCUUGUUUUGGGUAUCGUGACAUGGAGGUGAGAAAGCUUUAGUUAAGUAAGAAGCUAUAUAAUUGAAUGCUAAAAUGAAGAUGCCCUUCUCAAGUAUUCCAUGCCCACUGGGGUCCUUUCCAGGCAGCCAUCAACUUUUGCUGAUCAAAAAAAAAAAAAAAAAAAAAAAAAGGCAUUGUAUGAUGCUACUGUGGCCGUCAUUCUCUGAUGUUUAAACUCCUGGAAUCCACAAUCCUGGAAGGGAUUCCCAGGGCAAAUUUCCUCCCCAAUUGUCCAUCUUACUUUAGUGUAUUCAUGGGAAUUCCAUAUGCUUUUUGUGUUUGAUAUAUGGUAUCCAGUUUGCGUAGUAUAUACUUCUCUGUAAUCCAGUUGCUAUUAAGAAUGAUUUACUUAAAAGAAAAGAGAAAUCUGCACCAUAGCCCCAUAUUUUGGUGUCCACAUGAUGAGCAGCUUAGCAUUUAGAAGCAGCAAUAAGUGUGAUACAAGCAUAGCGUGGAACUGUUAGCCUUUGACCUGUGAUUAUGCAAAAUCGAGUCAUCGUGCAGUUUGGCUUCUGUUUGCUUCGAAAUAUGUAGAAUUGUGGUUGAUGAUUAAUUUGCAAGAUUCUUCUAACUUUGAGAGGUAUAGUUUUGAAGGAAACAAUGUUUUUUAAAUUGAAGGGACUUAGAGAAUGACACAAUGUUACUAAUAUAAUUUGGCUUUUGUUAUGCAAAUUGUUAACACCAGCUAUUAAAAUAUAUUUUAGUAGAAAUGCUUUAAUUCAUAUUUUUUUCCUCUACACUGUGAAUCUUUAAGCCUUGGUGGACUAGAGCAACAUCGUGCUGCCCAAAGGACUAACCUAUGCAAACUAGUUCACAUUUUAGUGGAUGUCACAGCAAUCGUGUAAUAAGACAUAUUUCCCCCUGCAUAAUGUACAGUGGCAUUGAGCCUACCAUCACGUAUGUACAGUACAGUCACUCACGAAUCCUUCGAGGCUACCAUAAUCAUUGGUAUUAUUAUUUGUUUAAAAGUAAAUCACUGAUUUAUCUAUUAAAACUACUUGAACGAUGUCAUAACAAGAAUGAUGGGUGGAUGUGUCGGCCAUGGCUUCAGUGUGGUCACUGCAAAUGUUCUCCUAUGACAGAACUGCGUUUUCACAUGCACUUUUUUCAGGGUCUUAUUAUUCUGUGUCUUCUUUCUGUAUUUGUAAAACAUGAUAACGCUUUAAUUUCCUAUCUCUACACAUUCGGUUUGCUUAAAUAAAUGCAGGAUAUAACAAAA